AAGUUAAACACAAACACACACACACACACACACACACAUCAUGUCCAGCAAACAAAAGAAGGCCACGCUUCCGCCAAUCAAUCUCAUAUUCAAGUUCCUCCAGCAUCAGUCUCAAGUUACCAUAUGGCUUUAUGAACAAACACAACUGCGCAUCCAGGGGAAAAUCCGUGGUUUUGAUGAAUUUAUGAACAUCGUCAUUGACGAUGCUGUGGAGAUAUCGACCGUUACAGGACGCAAGGAUGAGCUCGGUCGAAUAUUACUCAAGGGGGACAACAUCACUUUGAUAUCUAGUUUGGAUGUAUAGAAACAAAAAAAAUAAAUACUAUAUUGUGAAUCGUACAUGUUUUGAAGGUUUUGUAGGACUGAGAUCUAUACCUUGAAUGCGCUUGGUAUAUCGUAAUCUCCGUUGUUCGGUCAUAACUAGUUGGUUAUAUUGCUCUAUUUGACUCAGACGGGUUGAUGCAUUGCGCUGCCUCUUGGUGGGGGAUUUCACCUUGACUUGGGCUAGUCGGAUAGCUUCAAGAGCAUCGGUAGCUAGAGUAAUACUAACUGUGAAUGUAGACUUGUCCCGUCGUAUUUUGACAUGUUUGGAGUGAUGGGUAGUGGAACUGUUCAUUUGACCAAUGUAGCUCAGUUGAUUAUUGCUUACUCU